UUUUCAGUCAUCAAAUGAUGUUAAGUGAAUGCAGCACUACUACACUACACAAGCUCAAGCUACAGGUGGCUAGUCAGGUCUGAAGCAGUUGCUAAAGGCGCACUGUUUGACAGUCAUGGAAGUACACAACAGCGGGACAGUUCAACCUUCGCUUAGACAACAUUAGCUCAGUAAAUGCCCAUAAUGGCGUCUGUAAUGGAGGAUCCCACCCUCGAGAGACACUUCAAGGGUCAUAAAGAUGCUGUCACUUGUGCAGACUUUAAUCCAAACUGCAAACAACUGGCCUCGGGGUCAGUGGAUAAGAGCCUGAUGAUCUGGAAUCUGGCUCCCAAGGCGAGGGCGUUCCGAUUCGUCGGCCAUCAAGACAUCAUCACUGCGGUGCAGUUCUCACCCUUUGGUAACCUGGUGGCAACUUCCUCCAAGGACAGGACGGUCCGACUGUGGACACCUUCCAUAAAAGGAGAGUCAACUGUGUUCAGAGCGCACACGGCUGCCAUACGCAGCGUUGCUUUCUCCCAUGACGGCCAGAAAUUGGUGACAGGUUCUGAUGACAAGUCAGUCAAAGUGUGGAGCGUUCACCGGCAGUGCUUCGUCUACUCUCUCAACCAGCACACUAACUGGGUGCGCUGUGCCAGGUUUUCUCCAGAUGGGCGUCUCAUAGCCUCCUGCGGGGACGAUCGUUCUGUGCGGCUGUGGGACACAUCCACCAAACACUGUAUCAACUGUUUCACUGACUAUGGAGGAUCAGCAACGUUUGUUGAUUUCAACUCAAGCGGCACCUGUAUUGCGUCCUCAGGAGCUGACAGUUCACUGAAAAUUUGGGAUCUACGGACCAACAAGCUGAUUCAGCAUUAUCAAGUCCACAGCGCAGGAAUCAAUAGCUUUUCCUUCCACCCAUCCAACAACUACCUGAUCAGUGGCUCCAGUGACAGAACUGUUAAGAUCCUGGACCUGUUGGAGGGACGACUCAUCUAUACCCUCCAUGGACACAAGGGUGCUGUACUCACAGUAGCAUUUUCCAGGGCUGGAGAUUUCUUUGCCUCUGGAGGAGCUGAUAGUCAGGUGCUGAUGUGGAGAACAAACUUUGACACCAAAUCCUACCAGAACGCCCUGCAACAAAACUGUCGGAGGUCCACCCCUGAUCCUCCACCUCACCUGAGCGACAUCCACCCCCGGGUACCCCACCUUCACCACCCGCAGCCCACUGCCAUUCAUAUCAGUCCAAAGGUGGCAGACACUCUGUCCACUGACCCGCAUGUUAUAGAGUUAGGCGAAACUAUUCACAACACCACGCUCUUAAGCGGUCGGACGCGCUUGACGCCCACGCAGGCGGCCGCCAACAGUCACCACUCCAACGGUUUGCCGGCACGUCACGUUGUCAGUUCAGGAGUUGAAGGAUGGACGGGGGAAGAAAGUACCGGCAGGGCAGACUUGAUAGCCGGGAGCCAGACUGGGGCCAGCGGGGGAGGAAGAGGGAGGAGAGAGGAAGAGGAAGAGGAGAGAGGCCAGACGCACCCACUCGAAGUUCUUUCUGGUCAUCCACCGGGUCUGAACUCUACCCUGCGGCACAUCGUUCAACAGUUGGAUAUUCUCACCCAGACCGUUUCGGUGCUAGAGGAGCGUCUCACCCUGACCGAGGACAAGCUGAAGGAUUGUCUUGUCCACCAAUCCCGGAUUCUUAAGGACGUGCGAGCAUCGGGAGAGAGGCGGAGAGCAGAGAGCGAGGAGACGGACGGAUCGUCACCUGUACUUUUCACUUGAGGACGAUCUCCGACUGCAGCACAAACACACAGUCUGACUGCACUGCUUAACCCAAGGUUGCUGGACGUGUGCGUGAGACUCUAAAUGUCCACCUUGGUGGCCUUUCUCAGGGGUCAGUGGCUUAAUCAGGAUUUGGGUGGGGUAGAAGAGUGAGUUUUUAUAUGUGUGUGUGUGUGUGUGUUACAUAUUUUCUCCAUGUCUUUCCUCACCUCUUAAGGAUAUCCAGCUGUGCAGCCAAGCGUGUGUGUGUGUGUGUGUGUGUGUGUGUGUGUGUGCUGAUAUGGAUGUUACAUCCAAUCGAGACAGCUGCAGCUAUGGAAACAGAUGGUGCUUGUCUGCCACAUGAACUGUGUGUGUGUGUGUGUAUGUGUGUGUGUGUGUUUACAUGUGUAUACUCGUGUAUUAGCAUGUGUUUUAGCAGUUGGUUUCUUCGGCAAUAACGUUUUUCAUCGUAAUCCGAUUGCAUCUUUGCAUAAUGCCAUGUAACUUUAAAAGCUGUGCUGCAUACUGCCUCAAAUAAAUAUCCUCAUAUAAAUAUAA